ACAUCAUUUUUUUCGUCCAAGAUUAAUUAAUCUUACAUUCUUAAUUAAUUUCAUAUAUAUAUAUAUAUACAUAUAUUGAGGAAAUUCGAUUGACCCCGAUACGAACACUUGUGUGUCUACUAAAAGAUUUUACAAAAAAUGGGCGUUGGAAUUUUCCCGAUUUUUGUCUUUCUUUUUGCCGUAUGCUUCCAUGGCCUCGCUUCUUCGUCCCCAACAGGUCAAAAUUACGAAUUUGUCCACGAAGCGACGACUGCUCCGGCGACCUCCUACUACGACUACAUCGUAAUCGGCGGCGGCACCGCUGGCUGCCCCCUCGCCGCCACGCUCUCCGCCAAUUCCACCGUCCUCCUCCUCGAGCGCGGCGGCUCUCCGUACGGAAACCCCAACGUCACAGAUCUCUCUGCCUUCGGAAAAGCCCUCUCCGACCUCUCCGGUGAGUCGCCGUCGCAGCGGUUCGUGUCGGAGGACGGCGUUAUAAACGCACGCGCCCGCGUCCUCGGCGGCGGAAGCUGCAUCAACGCCGGAUUCUACACACGCGCCGCCCCGGGGUACGCGGACGCCGCCGGGUGGGACGGGCGGCGCGUGAACGAGUCGUACGGAUGGGUGGAGGAGGUGGUGGCGUUCCGGCCGCCGAUGAGGCAGUGGCAGUCGGCGGUGAAGGAAGGGCUGGUGGAGAGCGGCGUCCACCCUGAUAAUGGAUUUACGUACGACCAUUUGGUGGGGACGAAGGUCGGCGGCACCAUUUUUGACGGCGAGGGACGGCGGCACACGGCAGCGGACCUCCUCAAGUACGCCGACGCUAAGGGAAUCACUGUGCUGCUGCACGCUUCUGUUCAUAAAAUACUCUUCAGAAUCAAAGGCAAGGAAAGGCCAUUGGCACAUGGAGUGGUAUUUAGAGAUGGUUUGGGCAAUAAACACAAAGCAUAUUUAAAUAAUGGGCCCAAAAAUGAGAUAAUAUUAUCAGCUGGGUCACUUGGAAGCCCACAAUUAUUGAUGCUUAGUGGAGUGGGCCCAUUGGACCAUCUCAAGGCCCACAACAUCUCCGUCGUGCUCGACCAACCUCUAGUGGGCCAAGGAAUGUCCGACAACCCGAUGAAUGCGAUAUACGUGCCGUCUCCGACUCCAGUCGAAGUUUCGUUGAUUCAAGUGGUCGGGAUCACUUCGUUCGGAAGCUACAUCGAAGCUGCUUCCGGAGAAAAUUUUGCCGGUAGUCCGACCCAAAGGGAUUUCGGAAUGUUUUCUCCUAAGAUCGGGCAACUUUCAACACUUCCACCGAAGCAAAGAACCGAAGAAGCCCUUACAAAAGUGAUCGAGUCUAUGCAACAAAUCGACCCGAUGGUCUUUAAGGGUGGAUUUAUUUUAGAAAAGGUAAUGGGCCCAUUCUCUAAAGGCCAUUUACUCUUAAAAACCAAGAAUCCGAACGACAAUCCGUCUGUGACAUUUAACUAUUUUCAAGAUCCUAAAGAUUUACAAAGAUGUGUUCAAGGCCUUAAUAUGAUCGAAUCGGUGAUCGAAUCAAAAUCAUUUUCAAAAUUUAGAUACGACUAUCUUACACUUCCAAGACUCCUCAACAUGACUGCAAGCGCACCUGUGAAUUUGCUACCUCGGCACACUAACUCAUCGAUUUCUUUGGAGCAAUUUUGUAAGGACACCGUGAUGACAAUAUGGCAUUACCACGGGGGUUGUCAGGUAGGGAGGGUGGUUGAUUCUGACUAUAGGGUUUUUGGAGUCGAUUCUUUGAGGAUUGUCGAUGGAUCGACUUUUGAGUUUUCGCCCGGGACGAACCCUCAAGCUACUGUUAUGAUGUUGGGAAGGUAUAUGGGAGUCAAGCUUCUUGAGGAGAGAUUGAAAAGCUAAUUGCUUUUUUUUUUUUUUUUUGGUAUGUUUAAUAAAAUUAUUGUAAUGGGAAGUCACAUUUAGUAUUGAUGUUUUAUUGAAUGAAGGA